ACGCACUGCUCUUGUGAUGGUAAACAAUUUCCAAUACAACAAUCGCUCGCUUGGCCCCAAAACCAAAGAGAAGCUGUAGCGUAACAUAUUUUGUUCCAUCUUGAACGAGCAGAAUUAGCGCAUCGUACCAGGGAACCGUGCGGUAAGACUGUCCAGUUUCUCUACACCUGUAUUUUUAGCUAGCCUGUGUGCUUCGCCGCUGUUGUGCGUAUCAAAAGCAAAACAUGUUCCCGAACGUAAGCGGAGCGUCAUCCAUUGCUGCAUUUUUGAGCUAGCAACGUUUAGUUUGUCGAAUCGAGCCUAUCACUUCGGGCAUUUAAUUGUAUCGCAGCAAUAAUGAAGGCAAGACAUUUAAUACUAUAGAACGCAACAAAGCCAGGUGCCUUUAAUAUUCUGUAAAAGCUUCCGCGCAACGAUUUUCGUGUACGUUCUGUUUCCACCCAAUGCCUUAAGCGACUUGCCGUAUCGAAAUCGUUCCGAGUGCAGCAAGCCACCUACCUACAAACGUACACACACUCCCAACGAUGGAUAAUGCACGCAUGCACGACAACACUGCCGUUGGUAGAUCACAACCACCCCAAAACUAUGAGCAAUACGGUGCGGCGGAUAUGAAAAAAUAUUACCCACCGGCCGGCAUACCAAUGACCAAUGCACCGCAGCACCCGGAAAGCUCCUCGCUGCAGCUACACUUUGCCUCGCUGGCCGGUAUCGAUUUGGGCAAACGGUUGGGCCCGACGGGCGAACGGAUUGAAAUGUAUUUCAAAAAUCCGUACAACACCGAAAGCGAUGAGGACGACUCGCCGGCAGCAGGGAACGGCACACAUUUGCAGCCCACCAGCAUUGCCGCUGCGAACGCGACGAAAACGAAAAACGCUCGCAAACGCAACAGUUCCGGAAAGCGCAAGCAAAAGUCACCGAAGGUGGAAUCGCCUGAGGAGAUUGCGUUGCGCAAGUUUCCCUGCCCGGAGUGUCCACUGUCGUUUAAGACCGGGUACCAUCUGAAGCGUCACCAUGCGACGAUACAUCAGGAUCAACGGUUCCCGUGCACGGUCUGCCAAACAUCGUACGGCCGGCGGGAGAAGCUACGGGCGCAUCUGGAACUGAUACAUAAGAUUCAAAGUUACUUUGUGUGCGAAAUCUGUCUCGUGUCGUACGAAAAUGACGACCUGCUACAGCGGCACGUCUAUCGCCACGAGCACCCGAAACCACUCGAGUGUGGCACCUGUCUCACACCGAAUGCACGCACGUCGGACGGCAACUAUGGUGGGAACCAUAUCUGCAUCACGUACCAGAACAGCUACGAAUGUUGUGGGAAAGAUUUCGGGUACCAUUACUACUACAACCGGCACAUGCUGACGGUGCACAACAUAAAAACGAACGCACGGGUUAAGCUGCCCAAGGGCACGCUGCUCAGCCAGUUCCGUGCGAUGCGCUCCUCGCGAGGAUCGUGAAGAAGAGCGGCGGCGGCAGCUACGAACUUUGGUUCGUAAAUGCGCCCAAUCCAACACCACAGGUUUACGGUGGAUUAGUUUUUUAGUAAAAUAAUAGUAUUAAGAAGAAAGCGAGAGAGAGAGAGAGAGAGAGAUAAAGGGUAUCGUUUUAUGUCCAGGUGACAGAAAGGUAGUAGUAGCUUAGUAAGAUUCUUCUCCCCUGUGUUGACACUAACAUAUUCACACACACACACACACACACCCUCAGGACGUCAGUUUAUGGGAGGGGGAGAAUGAAACUCCCCCUGAUUUAUAGUAGUAAUAUUAGUACUGAUAGUUAAAAGAACAAUCUCAACCGAUGGUGGCAAGGUAAAAUGGCCGGUUUUUUUCGCGUACAAUAUUCCCACAUUUUAAAAGCCAUCAAGCGACAUAGGUUUUGUAAAGGAAAGUGAAAGCAUCUUCAUCAAUUCCCUUUGUCUUUUAAGGGCUUUCAAUUUAACUGCCUUUUAUCGGUCCCCGGGUGUGCUAGCAUUACAAAGGGAGGGGAUAGUCAGCAUAGUUUUAGGCACGAUAUUUUAUGCAGCGUAUCUUUUAAUUUGUAACGACGACCGGUUUGUGCGCCAAACACACAGUCUCAAGACCUACUAGAUCGAAACGCUCAUCAGGACUGCAACAUCAAUAGUUUUAUUGGGCAAGGGGUUUUUUGUUUAAACCGACUUUAAUUUUAAGUUCUUUUUUUCGAAAUUAGGACCUUCCAAAAGCGAAAACACAUGCUUCAACUAGGAAGCAGUAGAAAAAAAUGUGUUUCCGCCUCCAUUUGUGUGUGUGUGUGUGUGUGUGUUUUGAGUGUGUGUGUGUGUGGAGUUGGAGGUUUAUACUUUAAUCAGAAUUAUUCACACCUCUGUAUGUGUUUUUGUGCCCGUAUGCGUGUCGUUGCGAUGUGUGUGUGUGUGUUUGAAAUUUGAAACACACUUUAUGAGUUUGUACAUACAUAAACACACAACAACAGAAAUUCAUCCCUCUCUAGCGUAAUAUACUCUAUUUAUCGCAGCAUGGAAUUCUAUCGUCGAAUAAAAUCCACACCGUCAAGAGUGAACAAAGUA